AUGUUAAUAUUAAUAUUAAUUGUCACAGAAGCAUUUAUCGCAUCAAAUAAAAAUAAUUUGACGUUAGAUCAAAUUAUAGGAAAAAUAUCCUAUACUAACAAUUCUGGUAGAUUAAUCAAAAACAUAUCACCAGUAAUUAAUUCUGGCGGCAAAUACUUGAGCUGGGAAGAUACAAUCCCUGAUAAUACAAUGACUGCAGUUUUACUACCAAAAUGUUUCGACAAUAGUGGAAUAUUGAAUUAA